UCUCUCUCUCUCUCUCUCUCUCUCUCUCUCUCUCUCUCCUUCUCCUCAUCUUCUUCCUCUCGCUCUUUCUCGAAGUCUAGGGUUUCUUCUCGCCGAGCGAUCGAAGUGGAGAAAUCCCUCGGAUUCUCCAAUACGCCGCGGUGGAGUGGUCGGAGGCAUCGCCUGAUCGAAGUGGAGCGCCGCGAUUCGCAUCGGAUUCUCCACCAUGUCGUACCAGGGGAAGAAGCUCAUCAACGAUCCCAACGAUGUGGUGACUGAGUUCAUUGAGGGCCUUGUUGAAACUUAUCCUGGUUUGCAAUUCUUAGAUGGCUUCCCGCAGAUUAAGGUUGUAUUGCGUGCUGAUGUCCUGAGAACAGCUAACGACAAGGUUGCAGUUAUAUCUGGGGGUGGAAGUGGCCAUGAACCUGCUCAGUCUGGAUAUGUUGGAGCAGGGAUGCUGACAGCUGCCAUUUGUGGAGAUGUUUUCACUUCUCCGCCUGUUAAUUCUAUCUUAGCUGGCAUUCGAGCUGUCACAGGUCCUAAAGGAUGCCUUCUAAUAGUCACGAAUUAUACUGGUGAUCGACUUAAUUUUGGUCUGGCAGCUGAGCAAGCUAAAUCUGAAGGCUAUAAAGUAGAGAUGGUUAUUGUUGGAGAUGACUGUGCACUCCCACCACCUAGAGGCGUAGCUGGGCGAAGAGGUUUGGCGGGGACCAUUCUAGUUAACAAGGUUGCUGGGGCAGCUGCAGAUGCUGGUCUGUCCCUAGCUGACGUUGCUGCAGAAGCAAAGCGUGCAUCUGAAAUGGUGGGAACAAUGGGAGUUGCCUUGUCCAUAUGUACACUGCCUGGCCAGGUCACAUCUGAUCGUUUAGGUCCAGGACUGAUGGAGCUUGGUCUUGGAAUACAUGGGGAGCCUGGGGCUGCUGUUGCUGACAUCCAGCCUGUUGAUGUAGUAGUAUCUCAUGUUCUUAAGCAGAUUUUGUCAACGGAAACUCAAUAUGUUCCUAUCACACGGGGGAGCAGAGUGGUUCUCAUGAUUAAUGGAUUGGGCGCCACUCCGAUAAUGGAGCUGAUGAUUGCAGCAAGAAAGGCAGUUCCAGAGCUACAACUGGAGUAUGGACUGGCUGUUGACAGAGUUUAUACUGGAUCUUUCAUGACUUCUCUAGAUAUGGCUGGUUUCUCCAUAACUGUUAUGAAGGCAGAACCAGCAAUUUUGCAGCGUCUGGAUGCCCCAACUAAAGCUCCAUACUGGCCUGUUGCUGCUGAAGGUGAUCGCCCACCAGCUAAAAUUCCUGUUCCAGUGCCACCAUCUUCUUCAUCAAGGAAUAAUGAGGCAUUCACUCGACCACAAGAGCUAAAUGAACAAGGCUGCAUACUGGAGGCUGCUAUUCAAGCAGCUGCAAAUGAAAUCAUCAAUCUUCGGGACGAGUUAAAUGAGUGGGAUAGUAAAAGUGGUGAUGGUGAUUGUGGAACUACUAUGUAUAGAGGUGCUGCAGCUGUUCUUGAAGACAUGAAGAAAUGGUAAAGAUCACUUCUAAUUAAUUUUCAUAUGAACAGUAGGGUUUACCAAAUUUCAUUUUAUGCAUGCACUCAUGUCUGGUGCAAUACAUGUGCUUCGUUCUGUUGAUUUCAAAGCCCUGUCACAACCACGACACAAAUUUCAUGGUGUUGUCUCUUUUUUCCCGCAAAC